AUGGAGGCUCGUCACGCAUCUCUAGGUCGACGAACGCUGGAGGAAAUUCGUCAAAAGAGAGCCGCGGAAAGAUUGGUUAAAACCCCUUCCGGACCAGAUCUAAGCCAGGUUCCGACUAUCUCUGAGAUGGCUACGAUGAACAAGUUGGAGAGUGGGAAUAGACUCUCUGAGUCAGAUGUUAGUUCACUAAUAUCUCAAAUAAAAGAUCUGCAAAAGAAGAACACUGAGUUGGAUCAGGAAAAUAAGAAAAUAACUUUAAAGCUUCAAACAAUGGAAAUUGAUAAUGAUGCAAUGCAGAAGAAGUUAAAUGGACUGGAGCAAAAUACGGUGCCAUCUCUCAGGAAAGCUCUCAAGGAUGUUGCAAUGGAAAAAGAUGCUGCAGUUGUUGCACGGGAGGAUCUUUUAGCACAGCUCCGUACCCUGAAGAAACGUCUUAAGGAAGCAGAAGAGGAGCAAUAUCGUGCGGAGGAAGAUGCAGCGGCACUGAGAGCAGAAUUGAACUCAGUUCAGCAACAAUCAAUGACUAGCACAGUCAGUACAAUUCCAUCUCUUGGUCCACCAGACCACCAUCUUCAAAUAUUAGAAAAUGAGCUAACUGGUUUAAAAUUGGAAUUACAGCGUGAGUCACUGAUGAGGCACCAGGGGCAAGAACAAAUAGCAAAAGAGCAGAGCCGUAUUGCAUCACUGAUGUCUGAAAAGCAGGAGUUGGAAGAAAAACUAAACUCCAUGUCUCGAGAGGCUGAAGAAGUCUCCGAUAAAGCAACUCACAAGGCAUUCACUUUGGAAGACAAGCAGAAACUUGAUAAGCAGUUGCAUGAUAUGGCGUUAGCUGUAGAGAGGUUGGAAAACAGCAGGCAGAAACUUCUAAUGGAGAUUGAUUAUCAAUCUACAGAGAUAGAGAGGCUUUUUGAGGAAAAUUCUAAUCUCUCAAAUUCACAUCAAGAGGCAAUUGGAGCAGCAGCAAGAUGGGAAAACCAGGUGAUGGAAUGUCUUAAGCAAAAUGAAGAGCUGCGUGGAAUUCUAGAAAAAUUGCGAGUGGAACAGUCUAAUAGCUUGCCAGACUCAUUUAAGAAUGGGGUACAUGAGACUGGUUCCUCAACAUCUAUUGGAGAGGUGGCAUCUCUGAAGGGCCAACUUGUGAAGGAAAUGAGCAGAGCAGAGACACUAACAGCAGAAGUCAUGCAGCUUUCUGUACAACUUGAACAAGUCAAACAAGCAUAUGAUGGUCUUGCACGCUUUUAUAGGCCAGUGCUACGCAAUAUUGAAAACGGUCUCAUACAAAUGAAACAAGACAGCUCAUUGUCUGUACGAUGA